GAACGUUCAACGAAAGCAGACAGUAGACAGCGUCUUUAUUAUAUGAAACAGCAGCGGAGCCGUGGUGCGUUUGUCUGUGGAUGCCCGGCGUCUUCGCUUUCUUGUCACAUCGGAGCGUCUUAUUUCAUCGUUGUCGUCGUGCCGUAAGAGCCGUACGCACACUGCUCCAAUGGAAGUUGCCGACGUUGCCAAGUCGUUCGUCCAGUCGUGCACCCUGCAGCCGUCGCACGAGGAUUCGACCGCCUCGUCGUCGUUUGCCCAGCGACAACUGGACGUCCUCAAUGGCUUGGUCGGCUCUCGGGACUUGAGUUUUUUCGCCAGCCGCAGCAGGCUGGCCCACGAGUGCAUCACCUGCUGCAUCGCCAUCCUGUUGGAGGUGCAGCCUAACCUGCAGCUCUCCGGGAAGGUGCUGACUUUGCUGCAGCACUUGGCCAAAAAGCCGCAGCUGCUGGAGUGGCUACGAGACGAGUUUGAGCUGCACUCUGCGCUUGCGGAGUUCUUUCAGAGCCGGGCCAUCGAGGACAAUGUUCAUCUGCAGCUACAGGUCAUCCAGCUUCUUCGAGAGCUUUGCUACAGGCACCAAGUGACAUUGACCGAGUCCAAGCUUGGCUACCUCAGUGACUUUCUCUUUAAACAAAUGUAA